CAGAUCAUCAUUUAACCGCGUUUUAUUCUUUAUAAAUAUUCAUUUUAAUCAGUUUUAUAAAAUAUCAUUCAGGACGUGAAUGUGUCGGCCGGUGGUGGUUUGUGCGGUCCUGACCGCCUGGGCACUCGGGUUGCCUGUGCCAGUGUUAUGCGGCGGUCAUUUAAAUUACAGACCCAUUAUCGGUGUUUUAGCUCAAGAGAACCUGGACAGUGAUGUUAAUGCCCAGGGAUCCUCCUAUAUACCUGCUUCUUAUGUGAAGUAUUUGGAGUCGGCUGGUGCCAGAGUUGUGCCCAUAAGGAUAAAUCAGACAGAAGAGGAAUAUACCAAACUUUUCUCUGCAUUAAAUGGGUUGCUGCUGCCGGGUGGUGAUGUGGACCUUCAGAAGUCCCAGUUUAGCAGAGUGGCCAAGAUCUUCUAUGAGCUCGCAAUCAAGGCCAAUGAUGCAUCAGAUUAUUUUCCAAUAUGGGGAACUUGUCAAGGCUUCCAGUUACUUACUGUCCUGACCAGCAACAAAAACCUGCUGACUUCAACCGACACCAAGGCAGUGGCUCUGCCGCUUGUCUUUGCUUCAGGAGCACAGAACAGUCGGAUGUUCAAGAGCUUUCCAAAGGACCUCCUUCACUCCCUUUCUACUGAAAACAUUACAGCUAACUUCCAUAGGUGGAGCAUCUCCAUUCAGAAUUUCACUCGCAGUGCCAAACUCAAACGUUUCUACAAAAUCCUGACCAUGAACACGGAUGGCAACAAGGAGUUCAUUUCUACCAUGGAGGCUUACCGUUACCCGUUCUACGCUGUGCAGUGGCACCCUGAGAAAACCCCUUUCGAAUGGAUAGACAAACCAGGCAUGGUCCACACUGACGCGGCCAUUAAAGCAUCCUUCUUCACAGCAAGGUUCUUCGUCUCUGAAGCUAUGAGAAGCCAGCAUCGCUUUGCUACAACAACUGAGGAGGCAAAGGCUCUUAUCUACAACUACACACCCGUCUUUAAGGGUGUGGGUAGCAUCUUCGUCCAGAUGUACUACUUUGAUUAGGCCUGUUGUUGGUACAUCUCUACCAUCUUCUCGGUGGCGAGCUGGUGUUUCUGGUUUCUUCUGAUGUUUAUUUUGUAACAGCAUGAACCAACUAAAUGUCCAGAUUUUUAUUUUGUCUGAUAAGGUGCCAUUUUAUGUAAUGCUUGAUGGUGAUGGGGUUUUUUUUCAAGAGCUCAUGGCAUGUUUAUCUUGACCAUUCUGAAUGUAGCAGAAUUAUUAAUUAAGGUCGACACAACUAGUCAUCGAUCAGCUCAAGCUGUAGGUUCUAAUCAUUAAGACACUUGGUUCUUGGCGGCGUUUCUUAACAUUAGUCCUGAACGCUGCAGAUUUUCAAGCUUUCCCUUGGCAUACCAGCCUUUCAUUAGCUGGAUCAUAUGUUUUGGGCACAGGGAAAACCUGAGAUUCUGCAGCCCAAUAGACUUUCUGGAUUUUCUGGAGUUAAGAAGCUCUGAUCCGAGGUGCCCAACGAACAUGCUGCAGAAUAAACCAAGCAUGGAUAGAUUUUAUAACAAUGUCCUAUAAUGUCUUAUAGUUCGAAUCUUCCUGUCAGAUCAUGAAAAGCUGUGAUUUGUGCCAAACAAAGCAAUUUUACCAAUAAAGCUGUAUGAACUGUG